AUUAAGAACCACUUGUUGAGUGAGCUUUAGCUAAAGAAACCAUUAACAAUGGCGUUAUUGUUCUCCCCGCCAAUCUUCAUCCCAAAGAUCUCACUCUCUCUCCUCUCCACGAACCGCUUCUCUCUCCUCGCCGUCACUCGAGCUAACUCCUCCGACACUGGGAUAACCUCUCCUGCGACCGCCACCACCGUGGACGUUAAUGAACCUCCUGCAUCAACACCAGUUGUCGAGUGUCAAGAAUCAAUAUCAAGUUGAUCACUCGUUCUUAGAUUCUACUUCGCUCGUUUGUGACUAGGUUCUUAGGUUAACUUGACACAGAAGUUACCGGAGAACAAGCGUUGUAUCUGAAAGUGCACCACCGGCAAUCAGAGUCGUAAGAGAAGAUCAGGUUAUAAGGACGAUGAUCUAUUUCCAAAACGAUGCCGUCCUUGUUAAUACUCAAUGCGCAGUCGUAUAGCUUCUGUCACCGAAGCCCAAACUGAUUCAGUCUCUGGCCCAGCAGAAGCCCGUACCGAGAGGAGCUGAUGUUCGACAACCUUUAGCUCACAAUCUCCACCUUUGUCGAAAUCAUACUCUCUCUCUUUGUCUUUUGAACAUAUCACCACCAAACCUCAACUCCGAGUUUCAACUAAUGUCACCGAUCAAUCAGCUUCUUCAAUCAGGCUCUAGACUUAAUCUCCUGACGCAUCUCUCAUCCUGAAUCACAGAACUUCAACCAAUACCAACCAGACUCACGCCCUGCUCUGUCUUCUUCCUGAGAUCAACCUCUCUGAAGAUAACCACGUAAGGGCCCUGUGUUGACUUUAUCUGUUCUGUUUCCCAUAGAACUUUUACCAGUCCUAGGCUUUGUCGAUUUUUCUUCCUCAAUCAGAUUAAUUUACCUUAUCUGAUCUUCUGUUUCCACUCCUUGUUUCGAGGUAUCCAAUCGACAAGACCCUCUCGGAGCUCCACCUGCUUGGGUUAAGCGACUAACUUGAGUUUUCCCAGACACCGCUCGAAAGCAUUUCCAGGUUAACUUGACACAGAAGUUACCGGAGAACAAGCGUUGUAUCUGAAAGUGCACCACCGGCAAUCAGAGUCGUAAGAGAAGAUCAGGUUAUAAGGACGAUGAUCUAUUUCCAAAACGAUGCCGUCCUUGUUAAUACUCAAUGCGCAGUCGUAUAGCUUCUGUCACCGAAGCCCAAACUGAUUCAGUCUCUGGCCCAGCAGAAGCCCGUACCGAGAGGAGCUGAUGUUCGACAACCUUUAGCUCACAUCGAGAAAGAAGAAGUUGAAGAUAUGAAGACGACGGAGAAUUUUACCAAGUUCGAGGAUGCGAGGUGGGUUAACGGAACAUGGGAUCUGAAACAGUUCGAGAAAGAUGGGAAAACAGACUGGGAUGACGUCAUCGUUUCUGAGGCCAAGAGAAGAAAAUGGCUCGAAGAGAAUCCAGAGACCACGAGUAACGACGAUCCUGUAAUCUUCGAUACAUCAAUAAUCCCAUGGUGGGCUUGGAUGAAGAGAUACCACUUACCCGAAGCUGAGCUCCUCAACGGUCGUGCUGCGAUGAUAGGGUUCUUCAUGGCUUACUUUGUUGAUAGUCUUACUGGAGUAGGACUUGUUGAUCAACUGGGGAACUUCUUCUGUAAAAGGCUUUUGUUCGUGGCUGUGGCUGGAGUUCUCUUCAUCCGCAAGAAUGAGGAUGUGGAUAAGUUGAAGAAACUUUUUGAUGAGACGACGUUAUAUGAUAAACAAUGGCAAGCAGCUUGGAAAGAUGGUGAGGAGGACACAUCAUCAUCGUUGGGUUCAAAGAAGUGUAAAGCUAAAACAGAGACUCUUGCUUCUUCUUUUUUGGUUAUAUGAUGUUGUAAUUAGUCACAAAGAGAUAAGACUUUUUUUUUUGGGUGCUAAACCAAUUCACUCUAAAAACAAUCUUUCAUACAAUGAACAAAAUUGAUUUGCCAACUUUUGUUAAA